AAUAUGAAUCAUGGAGAGAGAGAGAGAGAGAGAGAGAGAGAGAGGUGAGUGUAGAGUGAUGGGACCUGGCUGAGGGAACAGCAGCGAUUGAUCACUCUCCGGUAAUGACAGCAGGUAGACAGACGUGAAGGAUGACUUCUUGCUCAGAGAUCUGUGGGUCAGAUUAUGGUGAGCAAGCCCAAGUCAGCGGAAACUGCCAGCACUACGGGGUCCGCUCCUACUUACAUCAGUUUUAUGAAGAGUGCACAGCUUCGAUCUGGGAACGUGAUGAAGAUUUUCAGAUUCAGAGAUCGCCGAGCCGGUGGAGCUCUUUACUCUGGAAGGUCUGUCUCGCGUUUGGCAGCCUGAUCUUGUUUGCAGGCCUCAUUGUCGUCUUGGUCGGUUAUGGCACUCCAGCUAGGAUUGAAGCAUUUGGAGAGGAUGAUCUCCUAUUUGUUGACAGCCAUGCCGUCAGCUUUAACCGCGCAUUGGAUGUUUGUAAGCUGACCGGCGCCGUGAUGUUCUGCGUUGGAGGCACCUCCAUGGCCGUGGGUCUCCUCCUUUCUGCCUUUGCCAAAAAUUAUUCCAAAGAAGAACAUUACCUGCAGCAGAAGUUCAAGGAGAGGUUAGCUGAUCUGCACGCAACAGUAGGUACCCCCAUAAUGAGAGCACCAACCCCCGGAGACGCAAAGGUCCCAGUCACCCUGUCCAAAGUCCACAACAUCCAACCAGCGACCCCGAAAGCUGAGACCUGACAGUGAUGCCGAAGAACCAAA